ACUUUCGUUUCGUUGUCCUCAAGGCGCCUGGGGCAACAGCCAGCACGGCGCCGCUGGCUGGGAUGAUAAACAAUGCCUGCGCCAUAAACAAAAGGCGUUAAGCGGAAAUCGUCCCGCGGUUGUAAGGCCAGGUAGUAAGAUGAGAUUAUGGUCGGGGCUAGGGCCAUAAAACAGCCAACAGCUUACAGCCCGGCGGCCGGGCGAGAUUCCUGGAAAACCCGCGGAAAAUACGCGGACUGAAUGAAUAUAUCAAUCGAACCGAAUGGCUAGCGGUUCAGUUGAUGGUUUCCCACCCAGCGAACAGGUUAUCCUUCUAUUCGUCAAGCAUAAUGCAGUUGCACAUGGAGUUCUCGCCCAGCUACGGCUACGAGCCAUUCAAGAGACCGCCCCAGGGUCAGAGUGCAAGCAUUCAGGACUCGGACGACUCGUGCUUUCAACGCGGAUCCUACAUUGAGCUGUCCUCUGGCGCCAUACGCCGCGUGGAGGACAUUCGCACAGAGGACUUUAUACAGUCGGCGCUCCGCAACGAGCGCUUCGAACUGCGUGAGGCUACGGUGGUAAGGAUCGACCACGGCACUGGCGGAGGAGAUCACCAGGUGACCAUCACCUUCAGCUACGACAACCAGCACGCCAAGGUAAACCUAGAGGUGGCGCCGGCCCAUCCCCUGUUUGUUUAUGGCCAAGGCUGGGCUUCGUGCAAUCCGCAAGCGUCGCUGCAGCUGUACGAGCUCAGGUGUCAGCAACUGCAGGUGGGCGACAUCUGCCUAUCACUGGUUCCCCGCCAGCUACCCGUGGCUCCGGUGGCCCCAUCCACUCCCGCUCUAUCCCAAGUGCCAGAAACGGCUCCAGUUACAGCGAAUGAGUAUCCAGUUGCGGCCUCGUCCCCGCCUCAUGGUGCGUACCCGGUGCCGCCCAACCGGAAUCCCUACCAGAUGUACGCUCAGAUGGCCAACUUUGUGGCUGCCUACACUCAGCACAUAAUUGCCGAAAAGAUGAGGCAGAGAUCCGAGGAACAAAAUAGAAGUGACUUCGGAGCGGAGUUUUUCUAUAAUUAAAUUUAAAUUAAAAAAAACUCUGAAUUUAUUUUUUAAAUAAAUAUUUAAGAUAUGUA